AUGUUGUUAGAUGAACCGCGACGCUCUGGCCGCUCGACGAAGGGCCAACACAAGAAUCUUGACAUGGUCACGGAGACGCCGGCGAAGAAAUCGAAGUCGAAAGGCCAACUGAAAGAAAAAACAUCGAAACCCUCCGCCGAACCAACACCUGCUCCCAGCGAAGAAGAAGAAGAGAUCAUCCGGUGUAUAUGUGGCGAGUAUGAAGAAGAGGAGGAUGUUGAACGGGAUAUGAUUUGCUGCGACCAGUGUUCAGCAUGGCAACACAACGACUGCAUGGGCCUCACAUUCGCAAAGGGAGAGGAGCCUGACCAAUACUUCUGUGAACAAUGCAAACCUGAAAACCAUAAAGUUCUUCUGGAUAAGAUUGCGCGCGGCGAGAAGCCCUGGGAGGAAGCCGCCGAAAAAAGGCGCAAGGAAGCCGAGGAAAAGAAGUCGCGACGCAGAAAAGGCAAACGGGGUGGAAAGAAAGGCAGGCCAAGCGAAUCGAGGCCAAGCGAACCCAGGCCCAGUGAAUCCAGACCAAGUGAAUCGAGGCCAAGUGAACCUAGACCGAGUGAACCCAGACCGAGUGAACCCAAGACAGAGGCGAGCACACCGGCCCCCACGGCCCCCACGGCCCCUUCUGCAACCCCGGUCUCUGCUGGUAGGACUUCUAUACCCCCGGCUCCACCCUCUGCAACGCCAGUCCGAGAAGAGAAGAAUGGUGAUGUUGGCGAUGCUCGACCAGCAAGUACACAAAAACGAAAGUUUGACGAGCACCAAGAAACCACACCCUCCGAAGAAACUGGCCCGAAAUUGAAGCAACAACGAGUAUCACCACCAGCCAAAGAGGUGACACCGAUAGAAGCAAAGGAGCCACAAGUGAAAGCUGGAUCUCAGGCACCGGCUUCUCGACAAGGCUCUGUGGCAGAGACAGUCACAGCCACGGCUGAAGAGCUAUGGAAACCCGAAGAUAUUUCGAAUCCAGCCCGGAGAAGUGCCGCCACUGCUCUAGUCAAGUUAUUCGUAGAUCAGAUUUCUGAAGCUCAGAAGCGAGGAUCUUUCAGCUUGCCCAAAGGAAAGCCAGCGGAGGACUUCGCACGGCAGCUCGGUAUUUCGAUCGAGAAUGCUAUGUAUCAGAGUAUCUGCGGAGGAUCUGGAGAACCAACUGAGCCAUAUAAGUUACAAUUGCGGACGAUUCUGUUCAACGUAAAGAAGAACGUUUCUCUACGCGACCGUCUGCUCGUAGGUAGUUUGCUCCCAGAUGCCCUCUCUAAGAUGAGCUCUCAGGACAUGGCAAGCGAGGAACUACAGCAGAAGGAUGCCGAGAUCAAACGAGAAGCAGAAAGGCAGCAUAUCAUCGUGCAGGAACAAGGGCCUCGGAUUAGACGAACGCACAAAGGAGAAGAACUCGUCGAAGACGAAGCUCACACUGUCGCCAGCGAGCCAGUCUUCUCAGCGGCCCCGGCCCGUCGCAGCAUUGCUGAUGCAGAUGGUAGUCCUACGGCGACAAGCCCGACAAGCCCAGGAACCAAGCAGCAGUCAGAAUCGCGCGAGUCUCGAAAGCCUGCCAAACCGCAAACUAUCGAUACGAAGAUGACUGAUGCAGCAGACCAUGACCAGCGUUUCCCAAGCAUUCAUUCGCCUGGUGGUGCAGAUCACGAUCAAGUUUUCCCGGAGGUUUCCACCCAUAUUCGCGAGCCAUUGCCAACCGGAAAGGUCCAGGCCGAUGCGGAGAUCGACCAUCUGUUGAGAGACGACGAGGAGCCCGACUCACCUCCAUAUUCGCCCAAGGAAUAUCAAGAGGAAGGAGCUGUGUGGCGUGGAAAGGUAUCGAUGAACACCAUUGCAGAAUUCUCCUCGUCGGCGAAGCAUGUGGGAGGAGCAGACUUAAGUGGACGAAUUCCAUGGAGUCAGCUUGCACCUUCAACGUUGUUGGUUGAUGGACGAAUCGACAUCCAGCUAGCAAGCAAUUAUCUAUGUGGCUUACGGUUUAGCUUAACGACGGACGUGUCUGUGAUCUCUAUCGCGAGGCCAGAAGUGUCGACAGAGCGGACGAGCUUUGACAAGUUGUUCAACUACUUCCAGGAGCGCAAGAGAUAUGGCGUGGUUGGGAAACAUCCAUUCCCAGCUGUCAAGGACACCUACAUCAUCCCUAUAGAGGCCGGAUCGACCAAGAAGCCCGAGUUUAUCGAGCUUCUUGAGAACAACGCUCUUGAAGACCCAACACCUGAACGCGUUUUGCUUGUGGUAUUCGUGGUGAAAACUGGUGACUCGAAUACACCUUCAGUACAGCCACCAUCCCACCACCCCAGCCAGGAACCUCCAGCUUCUGCGAGUCCAUUGACCGUUGCUGCGGGCACGCCUCAGGCACAAUUUUUUACCCCAGGGCCGCGAUCCGCAUCUCAACCCUUUGUCGGCACUCCUGCAACACCCAUCCCGUACAACCAACAGCCUCUACAACACCCAAAACCACAGUCGGCUCCACAGUUCCAGCAGGGAAGUGCCCAAGCUGCUGCCACAGGGAUGGCAGCCGCAAUCUCAAUAUUUGGCCCUCAAAUAAAUGCGCCUGCUGUUCAACAACUGCUACAACAAGCGCCCAACAUAGAUCCAACCCAACUCUUGAUUGUGCGUGACAUUCUCCAGCGACGGCCAGAUACAGCCUCCAGCUACGAGAAGAUGACGGAGGCUUUGCUUCAGGCUCAAGCUACAACCAACGGGCACGGUCAAUAA